CUCUUGCUCCUCCGCAGGUGCAGCAGGAUGGCCUGGUCUUCCACCUCGCUGAAGGGCAGGCGGCCCUCGGCAGCGCCCGUGUCCGCGGUGACCGGCGGUGGUUGCAGGCGGUAUGUCUCUAGCGGCAGGAGCUCCUGGCGGGCCACGCAGUCGGCGACGUAGCUGGCGGAGAUGAAGACCCCCGGGGUUCUCGGCGGCACCUCUCCCGGCCGGGCCAGCAGCACCGCGCCCGGCUCCUGCACGCGGCACAGGCGCCCGCCGUGGCGCACGAUCAGCGGGGCCAGCUCCACCUUGGCCGCCCCGGGGCGGACGUAGAAGCUCAGGGGGCUGCCGUCCUCCCGCUGGAAGAACAGCCGAGGCUGCGGGGCAGAGCCAUCCGGCUCACCCUCGGCCUCCGCUGUGCCCAGCAUCGUCCGGACAGCUGGGGCUGCAGCGGAAGGACGAGCCCCGCGACCGGCUGCUCGGGCCCCCCAAUUCCCACCCGACGCCGCCCACGGGCUGCUUUGCCCGGAAAGGAAAUGGCACUCUGCACGCGCUCAGGGGCACCCGCGUGCUCACAUUAGGGGCGGGGCGAUUUGACCCGUUGCACUCCGCCCACUCCUCCCUUCAACGGCGGCGGCAGCGUACCGGAAAGUUUCCUUUUGCGGCCGCCGCGCUCCAGUUUGCGCAGACGCGGACGGUGCUUCGUCGAGGAAGGGCGUGGCGCCGCUUGCGGUAAAAGCGGCUGCUGACCCAGAAGUGCUUUCGCUUUUGUUUCCUGUGGGGUGGAAGAAGCACCUGUCGGCCGUGAAGAUGGCGGCGCCCGCCACGACGAGCCCUCUGGACGGCGAGGCCGAGCCCCGCCUCAGCAAGAAGUGAGUGCCGGAGCCGGCCGCCGCGGCCUCUGUCAUGCUCGGCGUGGCGGCGGCAACGUGGCGGCGGCUGCUGGGUCUCCGCCCGGCCUGGCCGCUGCGGAGCUUCUGCGGGAGCAGGCAGGCCCUUGGCGGGCAGGCGAGGUCGGUGUCUGGCCCGCUGGGUGGGGUGUUGGCUGCGGGGAAGGGCCGCUGGGGAGGGAAGCGCCGCUGACUCUCGGUUCUCUUUUAGCGAGCUGAAGCGGCGCCUGAAGGCCGAGAAGAAAGUGGCCGAGAAGCAGGCGAAGCAGAAGGAGCAGGCAGAGAAGCUGCCGCCAAAGCCCGCCGCCUGCGCGGCUGAGGACGAGGAAAACCUCGACCCCAACGUGAGAAGCCGCCUUCGCCGGGGCUGCCCAAGCUGGGCGGGAGCGGGGGAACCACUGAGUGGGUGGCUUGACAGAGAGGGAGCCGUUGUGGGUUGGGGAUCUGCAAGUGGCUCUGGCUUAGGGCUUCGCCCCAGAAACCCUUGGGCCGGAGUUUCUUCCAGAUAAAGCUCCCUGAUCUGCGCCCACGGUUAAGGCACUGCUUGGGUGGCCUGGUGCAAAUACAACUAUGUUAUUUCCAAAGGGAUCCUCUCAGGGAUCUGGCAGAGAGCUUCCCUUGCUGCUUCCAGAUCUUUCACUGGAAUACUGAUGCUUACUGUGAGGUGCUCCUUUGUCUUAUGUUAAACAAGUUUCUGGGGCCGAAUCGUCAUGUACUAAUUUGUACAUUGUCAAACAUCUUUGUCUCCUUUGUACUGGUAGCAAUACUACAAGAUCCGCAGUCAGGCCAUCCAGCAACUGAGAGGCACUUCCGAAGAUCCCUUUCCACACAAGUUCCAUGUGGAUAUCUCACUGUCAGACUUUAUAGAAAAGUACAAUCACCUACAGGCAGGGGAUCAUCUUACUGAUGUUACAGUGAGACUAGCAGGUAAAGGUUCAUGUUGGGAUUCUGGGAAUGAAAGUGAUUGUCAACUUCUCCACAUAUUUUUUUUUUUAUAGUGAAGAAUUAGUGCAGUGUUGUGUGGGUAGUUUCUAAGCAAAAGAAGGAGUGUCACUGAUUGCUCCUCUUGCGGGAACAGUAAAGCUGCAGUAAGUUUCAUGGAGUUGAAGAUAUAGGGUGGAAUCUGAAGUAAGCAAGGUGGCGUUUGUCCUUCAGUUGCUACAAAUUCUGCGCAAUUGACUUUUGGUAAGGUCUCAGUGGAAGGUUGUAUGUUAUGUGCUGCCAUCCAGAACUCAUAUGUGUUUUCCAGGCUUUUCAUUGUAACUGAUGGCAUCUGAGGCAUUUUUCUUUGUCACUUUUGUCAUUUAGGCCGGAUUCAUGCCAAACGAGCCUCUGGAGGAAAGUUGAUAUUUUAUGAUCUUCGUGGGGAGGGAGUUAAGUUGCAAGUUAUGGCAAACUCCAGGUAAACAACAUUUAACUGCUUUUGUCUGUUAUUGCCUUCUGUGAGUCCCAGUGGUGGGGCAGAAAGGAACUGAAAAUGAAAGUAUGAUGUCCUUGGGCCUCCCGAAUUGUUCUUGAGGAUAUUGUCCCAAGGGAACUUCCUUUCUGGCUCACUUUACACAUUCUAGAAAUCCCCUACAAUGGGUUAUAUUCCAACUAACUUUAAUUUGUAUUAGACCCAUUGAUAUUAACGGACCUAAGUUAACCAUAUCCAUUCAUUUCAAAGGGUCUGCUCUACAUAUGACUAACUGGGGUUGGGGAAAUGCUUGCCAAAAAGAGUUGUUUCAGUAAAAUAUUUUUUAAUCCUCCCCCACCCCCAGAAACUACAAAUCUGAAGAGGAAUAUAUGCACAUUAACAACAAGCUUCGUCGUGGGGACAUUAUUGGGGUCCAAGGGAACCCUGGCAAGACAAAGAAAGGGGAACUGAGCAUCAUUCCGUAUCAAAUCACUCUCCUAGCUCCAUGCCUUCACAUGCUACCUCAUCUUCAUUUUGGGCUGAGAGACAAGGUAUCUUAUUUGGCGCUGCUGUUUCAAUAGCUCACUUGAUAACCUAUGAGGUUAUCCAGUGUACUUUGGUUUUCCUUUGGUAUGUUUUAUGCUCUAAAUCUAGCCAUUGUUUGCAGGAAACCAGAUUUCGGCAGAGAUACCUGGAUUUAAUUCUUAAUGACUUUGUAAGGCAAAAAUUCAUCGUCCGAGCAAAAAUGAUAACAUACCUUCGAAGCUUCCUAGAUGAAUUGGGCUUUUUGGAGGUAAGCAUUGUGUGCAUAGAUAGUGCUUUAUGUUACUCCUACUACUUCACUUUCAUCGUAUUCCUAGUUAUUAGUGUGUUUUUUUAAAAAAAUAUGAUUGGCUCCUCUGAAAGUGGGAUGUUGGACUAAAGGUGCCUCUUUAGGUUACAUGUUUUUAAAGCUUGGCGUUCCUUGAGUUGAAAGAGCAUACAAGAUGACCUUUUCCAUUUAAUGAAAUGUAGAAAAGAAUAUAGUGUGUGUUGGGCUGUAUUCACAUGUAACAGUAAACUGAGGUUUGAAUCUACACCAUAAUGUGUACACAGUUUGAGAGCUCACAUUUCACUCCUUCCUUUGUUGGGAGUAAAAAAAAGUGUGUGCUAGCGUGGUGUCUGAAUUUGUGCUCUUGAUCUGUUCCUUUUUAAAUAAAUGUAGACAAACCACAAUGUGAGGCCAAGAAUUGUAUUUGGUUUCCCAUUUGUGGUUUGCGAGAGACAACCCAUGAGUGCUGGAUAAAGUGUGAUUCAUGGGUUGUUGCUCCCAGCUGGCUGGAGGGAAGAACAAAAUAGCAGCACCAUGUAGUUUGCAUUUAUGCCAUAAUGCGCACACACUUUGGCUUUGUAGCACUUGGUCUCUUGGCCUUAAUACAAGAGAAAAAGCAUUCUGAAGAGUUUUUGUUUGAGAGAUGUACAGUGGUGCCUCGCAAGACGAAAUUAAUUCGUUCCGCGAGUUUUGUCGUCUUGCGAUUUUUUUCGUCUUGCGAAGCAUGGUGUCGGGAAAGUUUUGGAAAAGCUUCAAAAAUCACCAAAGUCUUUAAAAACCUCAAAAAAGGCUACCACACCGCGUUCUAUGAGUUGCUCCUCGAAGUCAAGUCGCAACUGUAUUAACGGCGUUAAGAAAAAGGAAACACACUUGCAAGACGUUUCUGUCUUGCGAAGCAAGCCCAUAGGGAAAAUCGUCUUGCAAAGCAGCUCAAAAAACAAAAAACCCUUUCGUCUAGCGAGUUUUUUGUCUUGCGAGGCAUUCGUCUUGCGAGGUACCACUGUAGUUUUUUAAUUAAUGCUGUGUUGCAGAUGCACCAACUAAUAAUAAUAAUAACAAUAACAAAAAUUGGUAGAUCCAAAAGGAAGACGAAAUACAGCAGAGAGAGCCAACCCCACCCACGAAAUAUAAAAUUAUUUAUUUAUAGAUAGGAGCAGCACUUUCUGAAGUUCACACUAAAAAGUGGGGUAAGAUUGCACAUUCCCACCUCUGGAACACCCAACUUUCAAUCAUUUGUCGUCCUCCCAUAAUACCCAUAGAGUCAAAAAACAAAACAGAUUGACUGGUGUGUUUACCUUAGUGUGACCCAAAAGGCUUAUAAUCUCUGACCCUUGUCAGCCAGGCAGCUAUAUUUGUUCUUGCUUCUCUGUUUCCAUUAAACCUGAAGCCUUUGGAGGUUGGGUCAGGAGUCUCAGUUCUCAACUACAUGCCUCAGAAAAUCAACUUUGAAGGUGGGGGCUACUGUGUUGCAUGAGAGAGCCAAUGAAUCAUUUGUAAUUCAUGUUUGCUUGUUCUUUGAUUAGAUUGAGACUCCCAUGAUGAACAUCAUACCUGGAGGGGCUGUGGCAAAGCCUUUUAUCACCCACCACAAUGAGCUGGACAUGGACUUGUACAUGAGAAUAGCACCAGAACUCUACCACAAGGUGAACUGUCAGAGACAAAGAGGAUAAAAUACAUUCACUCUAUUGGUCUGAUGCACCAAAAAUGUCUGAAUAUUUCACAGCAUCCCCUUUUUGCUUAAUGUGCAAACAGAGGCCAGAACUGAUUAAAGUACACAUUUCAGAAAGUUCAGAGGAAUAACUUCUGCAUAAGAAUGCCACGAGGAUGGAGGUUUUUGAAGGCUGCGCAUCUCUCAUACUGAUGGGCCUAUUGAACUGCCCAAGCAGUUGAGUCGUGUCACACCAUUGGGUGGACAUGGAGACCAUCUUGCACUGAUUAUGACAGCAGAUGUUUCAUUUCUUUUGUAUGAACUGCAGAAAACACAUUUGCAUCAUGUUCUUGGUACUGUCCCCGCACCCUUGUCCUCUCCACUGGUUUCUGUUGAAAUAUUUGGGUCAGGUUCUGCUGUUCAUAUUGAGAUGCAAAUUAUUCCAUGUAACACUGGAUUAUAUCCCCCCCCCAAGUUAUUUACAUGUUUCCUCUCAAUCUUCUGGAUUCCUUCUUACUCACAGAUUAGUUAUUGGCCCUGGUUGGGGGAAGCUAGGAGAGUCCGGGUGGAGUGGGCCCUGAGGUGGUCUUAGUCACAGGGUUUGCUUCUAAGACCAGUUUAGGUACAAAACAAAUGCCCCUUCACAAAGCAGGUGGGUCCAACUGUCUUCGUGUUUUGUAGAUGUUAGUGGUUGGCGGAAUAGACCGGGUCUAUGAAAUUGGGCGCCAGUUCCGGAAUGAAGGCAUUGAUUUAACUCACAACCCAGAGUUCACAACCUGUGAAUUUUACAUGGCAUAUGCAGACUACCAUGACUUGAUGGAGAUCACAGAACAAAUGCUCUCAGGUUGGUGACCACAAUAUUGAAGAAGGGGGUGGAGACAAGAUCUUUGUGAGAAUUUGAGCAGUAAACAGACAUGGAUAGGCAUAAAGGGGAGCUCUUCUCUUGCAGGGAUGGUGAAACACAUCACUGGUGGCUACAAGGUAACGUACCACCCUGAAGGCCCAGAUGGUCAGGCCUAUGAGAUAGACUUCACACCACCCUUCCGCAAAAUUAGUAUGGUGGAUGAGCUGGAGAAAAUAUUGGGAGUGACUUUUCCUGCUGCAGAUCAGUUUAAUACAGAAGGUAAAAGAAGACAAAUCUUGAUUUGUUUGUAGCAGUUCAUUUUAUGUUGAAAACAUACAAGAGAAGUAAAAUACACCAGGUGCCAAGGUCCUUAUAUUGAGUAUGAGAACAGGAUUGGAGUAUGUCUCUGCCUCACCUGGGCUGCUGUUAGGGUUGCGGGGGCUAGUGUAGCAGAUUGCUAAGAGGGAUGGGUAGUUUUUUGGGGUUAAUGUUGUUCUAGCUCUGAAUUGAUACUACUUUUGCCAAUGGCUUUCAUACUGUGUUUGCUUUGUAAUUGCUGGUGGCCAUUACCAUUCCCAGUGAUGGAAAAAUGCAAGUGGUUCCAGCCCUCCUCAUGCAUCUAGGUAAGGGAUUCAGGCAGGGGCGUCACUAAUAUCUCCAUACUGUGCACACAGAAACUCGUAAAUUCUUUGAUGCUAUCUGUGAAGAGAGGGGGAUUGAAUGCCCGCCCCCCCGGACUACAGCCAGGCUCCUUGAUAAGGUAAGGGUCCUUUGUAAUCUCUGUUAACUUUUGGGUUUCCUGUUCUCUGUCUCUGCUUGACUUGGCCUAGUCAAAAUUCUCAAAGUGUCACAGGAAGGAGUGUAUUGCACCCUAAAGGCAUGUGAGGCAGAGCCCAGAGGGAUGGAUGGUUGGAGGUGGAGCUUGUUCUACUAAGCCCAGAGGGAGGCAGCUUUUUGGAAUUCUUCUGAGGUUUGUGACUUUUUGCUUCUGGACACAGAAGGGUCCUGCUUCCUGAUGUUCUAUGUGCAAAGUGAAUGUAAAAAGUGGACUGCCUGCUAUGGGAAAUGGGUCAGCCCGGAAAGUGUGUCCUCAGAAAGUUUAUUUUUUGCUAUGGACGUGGCUAAAUUCAUCAGAUGAUGAAAAGGAUCAGCAGGGUUUUUCCAUCUUACGCCACUUUCCAAGACAACAAUUGUUUAAAGCAACAGUGUGAAGGCUCUCACUCUCUCUUCCAUCCCCUCUUGUUUUCCAGUUGGUUGGGGAAUGUUUGGAAGUUACGUGCAUUAACCCCACAUUUAUCUGUGAUCACCCUCAGAUCAUGAGUCCUCUGGCGAAAUGGUAAGCAGGGAGAAAGGGUGUGUGUGCACUCAUAUGUUUUGAAUGGCUCAGCUGUUUUCUGUGUGUUCUGCAAGCAGGCAGAAAUGUAUCUUGCUAAGGCAAGUUUUUAUUUUUAUGGUUUUCUAGUUUGGUGAGUGUCUUGGGAAAGCUGGAUUGGGGGAAAUAAGGGUGUUGUGCUCCUUGCCAUGUCCUAUAAAAUAGAAUGAACUACGCAGACCUGAUAAUCAGAUUGUAGAAUCUAGAGAAAGUGCAGAAAUGUUACAUGCAUUAUAGAGUAGAAUUUGUUUAAUUAGUCUGUAGACCAUAUCAAAAUCUUUCAUUACUUUUCCCCUGCUGCUAUCCAGGUGUGUUUGAGUAGCUUGUGGGUCUAAAUCUUAGGUCUCCUGUUGUCCCUCUGCAGGCAUCGCCUUCGGCCGGGCUUGACAGAACGCUUUGAGCUUUUUGUGAUGAAGAAGGAGAUCUGCAAUGCCUACACAGAAUUGAAUGAUCCUUUUCUGCAGCGGCAGCUUUUUGAAGAUCAGGCUAAGGUGUGAAGUUUGCAUAGGUGGCCAUUUGAGCUGUGCUUUUUUCUGUGAGGCUCUCUGUCCCUGUGUAAUGCUAAUGAUUUGUAUCUGUCAAGGGAGGGCCUGCAUGUUGCAGGAACCCCCCGGGGUUGGGGGUGCCCCUUGGUGAUUUUUCCCUUGUGAUGAGGCCCUGUAGCAGGAGGAUGGAUCACCCAGUGUUGGGUGGGAGAGCAGGUGCUGAUUUCUACAAUGUUGCCCUCAAGCACAUGAAUGAACAAUGGAUACUUUGUCCUGUCAAAUCUAAACAAAUGAUGUAGGUAGAAACUGGGGAGAUGGCUGAAAUAGAGUCAUCAGGGCAGUCUUUGCCAACCUAGUGCCCUCCAGAUAUUUUGUAGAGUUAUGUGGCCACCAGUUGGCAAAGCCUGCCCCCCCAAAUGCCUUCUUAACUCCUGUGUGAUGUAUUUGACUGUGACACACGGAGCCAACAUGAACCCCCAGCUCCAAAUAAGAGGCUCCAUGAGCAUAUUGGUGGAGUGGCAGGUGUGGGCUCGACCACAUUCCCUGUCCCAUUGUCCUCUGACUUUGUAGACCCAGUUGCCAAAGAGAAGCCUUAGCAGCCCAUCUCCAGGGGCCUCUUAAAAUCUCUUCCCAAGCGAGUUGUAUGGCUGCAGACUCUAGUUUCAAGGAUGACCCCUUGGUCCAGCUUUUCAUUUCCACCCCCUUCCCUCAGGCAAAAAGUGCAGGUGAUGAUGAGGCAAUGUUUAUUGAUGAGAACUUCUGCACGGCUCUGGAGUACGGGCUCCCCCCUACAGCAGGCUGGGGCAUGGGCAUCGACCGCCUAACCAUGUUCCUGACUGACUCAAACAACAUUAAGGUAGGCACAGACUCUUCGCGAGUUCCUUCUACCAAGCCAAGGCCUGCCUGUGCCAUAUACCAUUUGAGGACUUAUGCUUGGUUUUACUGAUUACUGUUUUUAGCUAUAUUAUGUACGUGUGUAUUUUAUAUGUUGGAAGCUGCCUGGGAUCACCAUGUGAUAAAGGGUAGCCUAUUACAAUGAGUAUGUGUGAGAUGUAAAUGACUCUCAUUUCAAGUGGUCUUAGUUUGGGACUUUCAACUAAUCCAUCAUUAAAAAGUGCUACAGAUCUUGCUACAGUGGCUCUUAGGCCUCCUCAUGCAGGAAUUGUGGGGGGUGGGGAGAGGUGUUGGUGGUCUAAAAUGCCUCUUUCUUUUGCAGGAGGUGUUGCUAUUUCCAGCCAUGAAACCUGAAGAAAAGAAGAAAGAUGCACAAUCCAAUUCUCCUGCUGAUGGGACCUCUGUGUGACCCAAAAGGCUGCAUUAGGGGGCAGAGGCUGUCCUAGGCCUUUGAACAUGCCAGGGCAUGCUUCUGUAUUUUACAGUCAUGAAUAAAGGAGCUGUGCUAUUGCUGUUUGCUAUGAA